UGGCGCUGGGGUCACGUGAUGCGGCGGGAGGGCCGUUGGCGCCUCCCUCUGCAAGAUGGCGUCCUUGCUGCAGUCGGAGCGGGUUCUCUACCUAGUCCAGGGAGAAAAGAAGGUUCGGGCCCCGCUCUCGCAGCUCUACUUCUGCCGCUACUGUUGCGAGCUGCGGUCGCUGGAAUGUGUGUCUCACGAGGUGGACUCUCAUUAUUGCCCCAGUUGCUUAGAAAAUAUGCCGUCGGCUGAAGCCAAACUGAAAAAGAACAGAUGUGCCAACUGCUUUGACUGUCCUGGAUGUAUGCACACCCUGUCCACCCGGGCAACGAGCAUCUCCACACAGCUUCCAGAUGACCCAGCCAAGACCGCCAUGAAGAAAGCCUACUACCUGGCCUGUGGGUUUUGUCGCUGGACGUCUCGGGAUGUGGGCAUGGCAGACAAAUCUGUAGCUAGCGGCGGCUGGCAGGAACCUGAAAAUCCACACACACAACGGAUGAACAAAUUGAUUGAAUAUUACCAGCAGCUUGCUCAGAAAGAAAAGGUUGAGCGAGAUCGCAAGAAACUUGCACGACGUAGGAACUACAUGCCUCUGGCUUUUUCGCAACACACUAUUCAUGUAGUGGAUAAAUACGGUCUUGGGACCAGGCUUCAGCGACCACGAGCUGGCACAUCCAUCAGUACCCUUGCUGGACUUUCCCUUAAAGAAGGAGAGGACCAGAAAGAGAUAAAGAUUGAGCCGGCUCAGGCUGUAGAUGAAGUAGAACCUCUGCCUGAAGACUAUUAUACAAGACCCGUGAACUUAACAGAGGUGACCACCCUUCAGCAGCGCCUCCUGCAGCCAGACUUCCAGCCAGUCUGUGCUUCGCAGCUCUAUCCUCGCCACAAGCACCUGCUGAUCAAACGGUCGCUGCGCUGCCGGAGAUGCGAACAUAAUUUGAGCAAGCCAGAAUUUAAUCCAACAUCUAUCAAAUUCAAAAUCCAGUUGGUUGCUGUCAACUAUAUUCCAGAAGUGAGAAUCAUGUCAAUUCCCAACCUUCGCUACAUGAAGGAGAGCCAGGUGCUUCUGACUCUGACGAACCCCGUGGAGAACCUCACCCACGUGACCCUGCUGGAGUGCGAGGAUGGGGACCCCGAUGAUGUCAGUAGCACUGCUAAGGUGGUGGUGCCUCCCAAAGAGCUCGUUUUGGCUGGCAAGGACGCAGCAGCAGAGUACGAUGAGUUGGCAGAACCUCAAGACUUUCAGGAUGAUCCUGACAUUAUAGCCUUCAGAAAGGCCAACAAAGUGGGUAUUUUCAUCAAAGUCACCCCACAACGUGAGGAAGGCGAAGUGACCGUGUGCUUCAAGAUGAAACACGAUUUUAAAAACCUGACAAACCCUAUCCGGCCCAUUGAAGAAAGUGACCAGAGCACUGAAAUCAUCUGGCUCACCCAGCAUGUGGAACUCAGCUUGGGCCCGCUUCUUCCUUAAAAAUUUCCAGGGGUGGGCAGAUCGCAAAGGACAGUGUCACUACCAGCUCACACUACGAUGUGGCAGCCGCUGCUUCUCUAGGCCUUGUGUGUAACCAUGUUCCCCUGCACUCCUGAGUCCGUUCCCCAGCAGUGGGAGCAGUGGCCAGGCCUCAGGAGAGCAGGGUGACUGCUGGGCCUCUUGCUCUCGCCUCCGUUGACCACUGAGCCCUGCACGUUGAAUAACAACAUAGUUGCAUCCCACUGAAGGAGAUAUUUCUCGGAGUGGCCGUUAGAUUUGUCACCUGAGAAACUCUGACCGUUCCCUCUCUUGACCUGAUCUCACUAAGGAUCACAGAGUGACGAUGACGUGAAAAAUGAUAGCAUAAAGGUGGAGCUGCCGUCGGUGCUCCCACGUGGGUCUCAGUGUCCCGCCUGCUCUCUGUGUUCCAUGAAGUGGGGUCUGGCAGUCUGCAACAUGCCCUCCCCCUGCUCUCGUGGCUCCCGUCGUGCCAUAGGUUCCAUUUGACAAAAAAGGUCACCUUCUCUUCACUGUCGUGCUGAUUGGAGAAGCCUGUGGAAUUCUUAAGGCACUUCGAUUCACCCUCUUCUAACUGAAUACAGAACACUUAACCAGUUGCACUUAAAUUUUUUUCCUGGUAAAAUACUGAACUUUUGAGAUGGAUCUUAGAGGCAAGCAAUUACAUGUCAUGUCAGGGGGUGGGAGGGGUGGCAGGUUCUCUGGUGCGUUCAGGGUGGUAUGGCCGUAGCCCACUCAUUUGAAAUAUUGCCACAGUAUCCAGAGACGGGUGCUGCCACAGGGAGGCAGGCUCUGUCUACUCCCUGCCCUGCCUCUGCUCUGCCUGUUUAACCCAGUAAAGUGUUCUGAGAAUUUGAAGCUGGUAAAGAGCCCAAAGAAAACUUCUGUGGACAGUCACUUCUGGAAACAUUUUGAAAGAUUUCUUUUUAGCAUGAUCUGAACUAAUGUUCUUUCCAUUGAUUUGAAGGGGAAAUUAUAUUAUCUGAAUCCAAAGCUGGACAUUAAGGAAAAGAGCUUUUCCCCUUAAUAAAUUUUAAACUUUUGUCAUAUGGUGUGUCCAAGAAAGACCAUUUUGAUUGUAAUCCAUAAAGUAGUUCAGCAAGCAUCCUAGAAUCCUGGCCUAACAGCAGACAUCCUGUUUUCUCUUGGAAUUCUGGAGUUGGCUUGCUAACCUUAAUUUCUGUGUUGUUUUCUAAAAUGAACUUGACAAAGUAGACCACCAGCUGCACCACAUUUUCUUUAAAAGUAUUGGAAGUGGUCAGUGGACUUGUGAGUUAGAAAUUUCUGGUUUGUGCUGGUUUUGUUUUUAAGUCUUUAGUUUAAAAAAAUAAAAAGAUAUAUUGUAAUAUACAAUAAAGAUAGAAUUCAGUCCAUUUCAGCUCCCCUUGAAAGAUGAAAAUAUUUAGGAGGCUCUCAAAGACACUAAAUUGUACUCUUUAAGGUCAAGGCGACUUUAUGAAACAAUGUUCCCAUAGAGUAAUAUAUAUGCUGCAAUGUGCGAAACAUUCGCACCUAAUAACAGAGUCACAGUAAAUAACGUUUGGCCUCUUAGGAGUUGGGGCAGGGGAAUGGGUGACUACAAGUUCACAGGUGACAGAAACAGCUUAAUGUUGUGUAACCCCACAGAGUGUGGAAUUGAGUUUUAUUUCACUGCCUGCCAGAGCCUGCCAUGAAACCACUGGUCCGUGUCUGCCACUGGAGGAAGCAGGCAUCAAGUAGAGGACAGCGUCACGUGCUCACAAGCCUGUGACGGGUGCACGGCUGUAUGGCGUGCCUUUGUGGGCUGUAGCCAUUACUCUUGUUCCCAGAAGUAAUAAUGUUUAAGUAACGGUCUCAUCACUGCCAUGGGACACCACACAAACACUUCUGGUCAUAGUUUUUCCCCCUCAGAAGUCAAAUUAACUUGCAGAAUAACUCGCGUUGGUUUAAUAUUUCCUCAAGAUAGAUUAUAGUACAAGCUGGCAUUCUGUGUGUUUGUAGAAAUGGUUCAGUAAUUGCAGCUGGUGAAUUAGGAAUUUGUUGCCUUUUUUGUAUUAGGUCAGAUGCAAGCUUUGUAAUGCUAGUCGGUGUACACCCCCUCAGGAGUUAGGCAUCAUCAGCUCAUGAAACUAUAAUUUGGGAAACUUAAGGCUAAGGUAAUCUGGGUUUGUGUUUGGUUCACCCACCAAAGUCUUUUGUUUAAAGUGUAGGCAUCAUGAGCUCCGUGUCAUCCGUGUUUGUGAAGAAGCCUCCUCGUCGGUCCCUUUGGGGAGUGAGAGGUACUCCCUGAUCUUUACGAAGGACAGGUUACUGUUUGCCUUACUGCUUAAGUUAAUGUAGUGAAAUAAAGCAGACAAAGCUUG